UAGCUUGUUUUUUUUUUCUUUCCACUCUUUUCUUACUUCUGUUUUAGCAAAUGUAACACCAACAUCAAGUCCCUCCCUGGGAUGAAAAACUGUGAGUUCUUCAACCAAGAUGGAGCUUCGGUUUUGGCCUAAUUUGGUUUCUUUCUUGGAAAAGCUAAAUGGGCGGACACUUUUGGUGGUUCUGGUCGUGUUUCUUUUGAUUAUUGACCUAUUGAAAAAGAGGCGUCCCAGGAAUUUCCCUCCAGGGCCACAGCUCUUUCCUCUUGUGGGAACCUUUGUGGACUUUAAGCAGCCUCUCCAUCUUGCGCUGCAGAAGCUUACUGGUCGGUAUGGGAACAUCUUCAGUGUGCAGUUUGGAAGUCUGACUUUUGUGGUAAUCAACGGGUACCAAAUGGUGAGAGAAGCUCUUGUCCACCAGGCAGAAAUAUUUACGGAUCGGCCAAAUAUUCCACUUCUCCAAGAAAUAUUUAGAGGCUUUGGGCUCAUAUCAUCAAAUGGGCAUAUAUGGAGGCAGCAGAGAAAGUUUGCUUCGGCGACACUGAAAAGCAUUGCUGUGAGUUUCGAGGAAAAAGUGCAAGAGGAGAGCCGGUACCUCGUGGAGACGAUCGAGGAGGAGAAAGGACAGCCAUUUGACCCUCAUUACAAAAUUAAUAGCGCUGUUUCGAACAUCAUCUGUUCCAUAACUUUUGGGAACCGCUUCGACUACCAUGACAACCGUUUCCAGGAAUUACUGCACUCACUGGCUGAAACUCUGCUGCUCAUGGGAAGUUUCUGGGGCCAGCUGUAUAAUGCUUUUCCUUUGAUCAUGAGAUGGCUGCCAGGACCCUUUAGGAAAAUCUUCAGGCACUGGGAGAAGCUUCAGCAUUUUGUGAAGGGAGUGAUUGCAAAGCACAAAGAAGAUUUGGACCAGUCCGAGGCAGGAGACUAUAUUGACUAUUACCUGAAGGAAAUAGAAAAAUUUAAGGGUGACACCAGCUCGUAUUUCCAUGAGGAAAACCUACUGUGCUGCACCCUGGACCUCUUCUUAACUGGGACUGAGACAACAGCAACCGCCAUCCGCUGGGCUCUGCUCUACAUGGCCGCGUACCCCGACAUUCAAGAGAAAGUGCAGCUGGAAAUCGACACAGUGAUUGGCCAGUCCCGCCAGCCCACCAUGGCUGACAAGGAGAACAUGCCAUACACCAGCGCGGUGCUGAGUGAGGUCCUGAGGAUGGGCAAUGUCGUACCGCUGGGGGUGCCCAAGAUGUCCACCAGUGACACCACCCUGGCAGGCUUCCACCUGCCCAAAGGCACCACCGUGAUGACCAGCCUGACUUCGAUAAUGUUUGACAAAAACGUGUGGGAGACUCCAGACACCUUUAAUCCUGAACAUUUCCUGGAAAACGGCCAGUACAGGAGGCGGGAGGCUUUUCUGCCCUUUUCUGCAGGCAAGCGGGCCUGUCCCGGGGAGCAGCUGGCCAGGACCGAGCUCUUCCUCUUCUUCACAGCCCUCCUGCAGAAGUUCACCUUCCGGGUGCCGGCGGCCGCCACGCUGUCCUUCGCCUUCACGCUCAGCCUCACUCGUUGUCCCAAGCCCUUCCAGAUCCAAGCGCUGCCUCGCGACUGA